ACCAUCAUCUCCUCUAACCACAAGCAACCUGGUUGCCCUUGUUUACCCCAGUCCCCAAUCCUUGAAAAUCCUUCAUUAUUGAUUAUUGUCUAUACUCUUCGCUCACACUCAACAGCUGCAGUCAGAGGAGAGAGAAAGAUGGAAAUGAGCAGCUUAACUUUCACCACACCUUCAUCUUCAACACCACUGAGUUUCUUCAACCAUAGUUUAAACCACUUAAAAUUCCCAGCAACAAUUUCUGGAACUAACACUUUGAAAUCAUUGAAUCAAAGUAGAAACAGAUUAAUUCAAGUUAAAUCCUCAAAUGGGUCAGUUGAACGUGAAACUUUAUCAUCAAAUUGGGAAAUUUUAGGGACAACUACACCAAGAUUGCCCAGAUUUGAAGAACUUGAUACUACCAACAUGUUGCUUCGUCAAAGAAUCAUCUUUCUCGGUUCUCAAAUUGAUGACACUACAGCAGAUUUUGUCAUAAGCCAGCUCUUGCUAUUAGAUGCAGAAGACUCCAAGAAAGAUAUCAAGUUGUUUAUUAACUCUCCUGGUGGAUCAGUUACUGCAGGGAUGGGAAUUUAUGAUGCUAUGAAACAGUGCAAGGCGGAUGUAUCUACUAUAUGCUUCGGAUUAGCUGCGUCCAUGGGAGCAUUUCUUCUUGCUUCUGGCAGUAAAGGGAAGCGCUAUUGCAUGCCAAAUUCAAGAGUGAUGAUCCAUCAACCACUUGGAACAGCUGGUGGCAAGGCGACAGAGAUGAGCAUACGUAUAAGAGAGAUGUCAUACCACAAAAUCAAGCUCAACAAAAUCUUGUCCAGAAUCACAGGCAAGCCCGAGGAGCAGAUAGAAAUAGACACAGAUCGUGACAAUUUCUUGAAUCCAUGGGAAGCAAAAGAAUACGGACUAAUAGACGCUGUUAUCGAUGAUGGUAAGCCGGGUUUGGUUGCACCCAUUGGAGAUACAGCUGCACCUCCAAAAACAAAGGUGUGGGAUCUCUGGAAGAUCGAGGGUAGCCGUAAAGCCAGGAAGAAUCUUCCGUCCGAGCACAAGAUGUUACGAAAUGGUUAUGCUGGAAGCCAAGGCGAGGAGGACAAGGGUAGCCAGGCAGAAAACGAAUCCCCAAAUUCAGUAUAGGGGCUACAUACAACCCAGAUUUGUCCAACUUUUUUUUUUGAGUGGAAACGGGGGUAGCAUAUAUAGGUGAAGACUGUUUUCUCCAAAUUGUGUUAGUGAUGUAGAAAUACUUUGACAUACAUAUGAAACUUUGCAUUUUUUUUGAGAGUAAUUUGUUCUUAAUUA